CUUUUGGAAUCUCUCUCUCUCUCUCUCUCUCUCUCUCAGGAAAUGGAAUCUCCCAUUCUUCGAACGCCAAUCCCUCUGCCAACUGCUUUUCGAUAUCCAAGGGAUUGUUUUAGGGGAAUAGUGGCUGUACAACACAAUGGAUGAAAUGGAGGAAGCUUGCAAUGAAGGAGGGAGAGGAAUAUCGAAGAAAAUUUAGAAGGAACCCUUCAACAUAAAAUAGGAUAUAAAGAUUUUACAGAAGAUAUGGUCGUGAUGUGGAUGGUUGGAUAUCUAAAAUUCAUGAAACCAACCCACCUAAUGGGAUUAAGUUCUGUGAGAAAUGAACAAUCCAAGAUUGCUUUGGCUAAGAACUCCGAUAGCACGUGCCAUGCGCUUUCCGCGGGAAAAGUCACCAGAAGGUCGCUUUUGCAUUUUCUGCUAUUCAGUAGUAUCUCUCAGCAAGUUUACCCCGUCCAUUCUGCACCAAUGCAGGCAACCAAGGAAGCUGAAGUAAUUCGGACCCAGAAGCUCACUAGCGGGGUGAGGAUACAAGGUAAGAUUAAGUAUUAUGCAUCUGAAAAAUUCUCAAAUAGAGCAUUUCGUGGAAGUUGUCAUCAUGUAGAUAUAGUUGAAGGGGAAGGGCCUGAGGCUCGCGAAGGAAGCCUGGUUGAAGUUAAUUAUGUAUGCCGGCGAUCCAAUGGGUAUUUUGUUCAUAGCACCGUUGAUCAAUUCGGUGGAGAAAAUGCUCCUGUCAUACUUCCUCUGGAUGAGAAGCGGGUUAGUUCUGUAAUUUUGCAUCUCGGGAUAAUAAAGGGCCUGAAAGAGGUAUUGGUCGGUAUGAAGGUUGGAGGGAAGAGAAGAGCAUUGAUACCUCCUUCUGCAGGAUACGUUAAUGAGAACUUAAAGCCAAUCCCUGAAGAGUUUGGACCUCGACGUAGCCUGUUGUCUCAUGCCAACGAGCCUUUGAUAUUUGAAGUGCAGCUCUUGAAAGUUCUUUGAGUUUACGAUUAUUACGAUUUGAAAAUUUCGUUUGUGCCAAUUUCUUGGGAUCUUCUGUUGUUUCACAGAUUAUUUACAGAGAUUUUAGUUUCCUUUGGAAAAAUGUAUGCUUUAAGUCUAUACAAAAGCAAAUGUUAGUACUUCAUUGGAAAAGCUAUUUGUCAAAGUAUGUCAUAUUACAAGGGCAAUAGGGAUUGUUUUAA